CAAUGCUCCUGGCUAGCUGGCGGUGAGCAGCUUGGGGCCAUCAAGGUUGGCUCCCCAAGGAAACCUUUGGAAGCCAAUGGAUGCGUUCUCGGGCUCAGGCCUCAAGAGGAAAUUCGAUGAUGUGGACGUGGGCUCGUCCGUCUCCAACUCAGAUGAUGAGAUGUCCAGCAGUGAUAGCGCGGACAGCUGCGACAGCCUUAACCCUCCCACGACUGCCAGCUUCACACCCACAUCCAUCCUGAAGCGACAGAAGCAGCUCCGGAGGAAGAGCGUCCGCUUCGACCAGGUGACUGUAUACUACUUCGCCCGGCGACAGGGCUUCACCAGCGUGCCCAGCCAGGGUGGAAGCUCUUUGGGAAUGGCCCAACGCCACAACUCUGUACGCAGCUACACCCUUUGUGAGUUUGCACAAGAGCAAGAGGUGAACCAUAGAGAGAUUCUUCGUGAGCACCUGAAGGAGGAGAAACUUCAUGCCAAGAAAAUGAAGCUGACGAAGAACGGGACCGUGGAGUCACUGGAGGCCGAUGGCUUGACACUUGAUGAUGUUUCAGACGAAGAUAUUGAUGUGGAAAAUGUGGAGGUGGAUGAUUACUUCUUCCUUCAGCCCCUGCCCACCAAGCGGCGGCGGGCCCUGCUGAGGGCUUCUGGGGUCCACCGGAUUGAUGCCGAAGAGAAGCAAGAACUUAGAGCCAUCCGCCUAUCUCGGGAAGAGUGUGGUUGUGACUGUCGGCUAUACUGUGACCCAGAAGCGUGUGCCUGUAGCCAGGCUGGGAUUAAAUGCCAGGUGGAUCGGAUGUCCUUUCCUUGUGGCUGCUCCAGGGACGGCUGUGGAAACAUGGCUGGGCGGAUUGAGUUUAAUCCGAUCCGAGUGCGGACUCACUACCUCCACACCAUCAUGAAGCUGGAGCUAGAGAGCAAGCGGCAGGGUAGUCGCCCAGCAGCCACUGAGGGUGAGCCCCUGCCGGGAGCACAGAGCUCGGAGACGCAGGACUUCCAGGAGUUCAUCGCAGAGAACGAGACUGCAGUGAUGCAUCUGCAGAGUGCAGAGGAGCUGGAGCGGCUCAAGGCCGAGGAGGACUCGAGCGGCUCUAGUGCUAGCCUGGACUCCAGCAUGGAGAGCCUGGGCGUGUGCAUCCUGGAGGAACCCCUGGCUGUUCCCCAAGAGCUGUGUCCAGGCCUCGCGGCCCCUAUUCUCAUUCAGGCUCAGCUGCCCCCAGGUUCCUCAGUCCUGUGUUUUACUGAGAACUCAGAGCACCCAGCUGCCUCCCCGAUGAGCAGCCCGUCUUACUUGAACAGUGGACCUCUGGUGUACUACCAAGUAGAGCAGAGGCCUGUCGUGGGAGUGAAAGCAGAGUCGGGUUCAGAAGAAGGCACAGCCUCCUUCCCCAAGGAGAAAGAUCUGAGUGUUUUCUCCCUCCCUGUUACCUCACUGGUGGGUUGCAGCCCUUCAGACUCAGCUGCUCUUUGUAAACCAGAGGUGGGGAAAACACCCAAUCUCAACAAACUUCUGCCUGAUGACUGUAACCGUAAGGAGCCCGAGAGUGAAGACUUCCAUCCCUCUUGGUCUCCCUCAAGCCUACCCUUCCAAACAGACAAUGAAGACAGCUGUGGAGUGCAGAGCUCCCAGCAGAGUGAGGACCGGACCCCUGAAGACUCAGCCCUAGAACUCCCUCUGGCAGUGUGACCUGAGAUACAUUGUCCAUUCUCUAUUUAUUAUCUAACGCCAUUUCAAAACAGGACUGCUGCUCCCAGAUUAUUUUGUUGGAAGUCUUAGGAAAAUGGGUAGGAAGGAUUGUUAGUUCAUGUGUUUUCCGAGAGAGCGUUCCCAGGAGACCAGCCCCAGCUGCAGUGUCCAUUGCUGUGCGCUCUGGGCCACCAGAACAGAGAUGUCAAUCCCAGAGUGAGCUGGGCAGCUCGAGUGAGCAGCUCUUCAUGCCUGGUGCCAGAACCAAGGAUGUGGGCAGCUCCCUGCACUGCACGCGGCUCCUCAGACACCCUGUCUUCUCGUAGCAGCCUCGCUAGAGGAAAGGCCUCUGCUGAGUCUGGAAUGGAGGGGAAACCCAGAAGAGUCUCUGCUUCUGUACAAAACUCCCAAGAGCUCUAAGUGCUUAUUCUGCCUCCCACCUCACCCCACCCCCACCUCCUUAACUGGUAAUAAGUUAAUUCCAACGUGUUUGGUGUUCCCUGACCUGAUGUGCAAACUGGGGAUCCCUGGUCUGUACCUGAAUUCUUUCUCAUAUGUGUUGCAGUACAGUGGAAGGUGGCUUUGUCCAUCUUGCUCUCUCACCAAGUGCAACUCACUCACUCACACUCUCUCUCUCUCUCUCUCUCUCUCUCUCUCUCUCUCUCUCUCUCUGUCUCUGUCUCUGUCUCUCUCUCUCCCUCCCUCCUUCCCUCUCUCCUUUUGGGAGGUUUUGGCUCUGAAUAGAAUGUAAACUGCAGUACAGGUCAUCGUGACUGAGGGCCCUCCCUCUCUACCCGCCCCACGGUCCUUGCUGGCUCUGUGGGGUUGGAGAGCUCUCUGGAGUUUACAAUUCAGUCCCAAGACUGGCAGGUGUUUAUUGGAACCUUCCAUCUUGGAAAUUCAUGAAAACUGGAAGUCAGACUGCUUCUUAGUUAUGACGUAGGAGCCCCAAUUCCAGAUGAUCCGGAUCUCAUUAUAAUAAUGAAGUGGGUGCCUGGGACUCAGACUCAACACUUACCUCAGCAGAAGUGCUGCUCCUUUCCUGAGCUCGGGAAGUCCCGACUUUUUUAUUAUUUUAUUAAAAAAGCACUGACUUUUUUAUUGGCAAUGUUACCUCUGCCUCCUGGUUAGAUGGAGGCAGGAGGAGCAAAACACUUUUUUCUUUAUCAUUCU